AUGCAGAAACUUGCCUUACGCAUCUUAAGUCGUUUCAGCCGGAAAACUUUCAUUCGUAGUGCUUGGAAAAAUUUAAAUAGUUUAAGUGAGCACGAUGAGCUGGCUGAGGCAUUAGAUACGUUAAUUUCCAUGUCCCACGAAGAGAAUGAAUUCAUUGAACUCAUUACUGUAAUUGUGGAUGUUCUAUCGGAGGCUCCGAUGGCUUCUGCUUUUUUGUGUCACAUUAUUGAUAGUGCCGCUUUGCCUUCAAAAGAAACCUCUCAUAAAAUUACGACAAGAUUACUACAGAAACUUAAGCCUGGCGGUAUAUAUCGAUCGAAACCAAAGAAGCGUACACGUGUAAACGCAGCUAUAAUUUGGAGUGUUCUGGCUGAAAAAUUAGCAGGCGAAAUCAGUUUAUCCUUGUUUUCGGAUAAUGUAUGUACUACAUUGCUGGACUAUCUCCAUUAUGAUAAUGAUGCCAGCGUGCGUCUUUUCGCUUUGAUCGCUCUUGAAAAAUUUGGUAUGACCGGACAAAAUAAAGAAAAGAUUCUUAAUUCGGGAAGGGAUAUUCAUGGGAUUCUGCAAGGCAUAGCCAAGGAACUGCAUUCGGGUGAGGGAUCUAGUGAAGAUGUCAAUCGUCGAAGACAAUUAAAAUUUUGUGUAGAAUGGGCCCUGAAGAAUACUUUUGAUUCAGGCAAGGAAGACAUAAAUGAUUCAGAUGAUGAUUCUGUAAAUUCCAAUCAUAUAAAUGUUAUGUUGAACCCAUUGGAUGCUACGUCUCAUUGGAAAAUAUCACGAAAUGGCUUAGAGAUAAGGAAUGAUAAUUCCACGUUCGAGUCCAUACGUGCAACGAUGGGUGUAACUUCAGGAAAAUGGUUUUAUGAAGUAAUAUUAUUGACUAACGGAAUUAUGCAGAUCGGAUAUGCAACUAAACGUUGCAUGUUUGGACCAGAAGAAGGUACAGGUGUUGGAGACGAUCCGGCGAAUGGCGUAUCUGUACCAUAUGGUGGAACCGAAUCAUGGAAACCUGGUGAUGUGGUCGGAGUUUAUAUGGAUGUUCCCCUUGGUUGCGUUCGAUUUUAUCUAAAUGGGAAAGAUUUGGGUGUGGUACAUCCUCUCAACCUUACUCAAUUUCGAAAGUUGGCAGAGAGUAGUUUACACCCAGCAUUAUCUUUUACUUCCUAUCAACAAGCCAUAAUUAAUUUUGGAGCUGAAAAAUUCCGAUAUCCACCGCCAAAAAAAUACGCUUCUAAAGUUCUGAAUAGUCAAGGACAAUUAUCAUCAGAACUUCGCAACUCAAUACAAAAGAGGGUUUGGAGAGCAUCACGUUAUCGCUCAAUGACUGUAAGUCCAUAUUGGAGACAACAGCUAGAGUCCACGGAAGAUGACUUUGACACUCAAUGUUCGAUUUGUUUUGCAAUGCCGCCUACUAUUUUAUUGGGACCUUGUAAUCAUGACGGUUUUUGCUCUGAUUGUGCAAAAAUGAUGCAUUCUUGUCCGUUAUGUAGAACACCAGUUUCAUAUCGAAGGCUAAUGAAUGCACAAACCGCUAGUUUACCAUCUACUCCUACGAAACUUUCUAUUGCGUCAACGUCAGCAUCAUCACUUUCCGCACCUUCAACAGCAAUUGUUUUACCUCCAACACCACCCCAAUCACGUCCUGCAUCAUCUAUUACCUCAUGGGAACCUGACAUUUUACGUGGACUGGAGCCAUAA